AUGGCUCGAAAUGACAGUGUUGAGACGGAGUUGAUGUCAAAGUGGUGGUCAAGGACAAGAGUGAAGUGGACUCGAGCAUCUCAACUCGACUCGCCGAGUUUUGCUUAUUAUGAUGUGGGGAAGGGUAUAAACGCACAAACUCCAAGCUUGGACCCGACCCAUUCUUAUAGCGGAGACUCUGCUCAGAACGAAUGGAAUUAUUGGGAAAAGGGGAAGAAGCCACCACCUCGCUCGACACUCGGACACCCCGCACUUUCUUCCAUACCCCGCACGCAUCUCUACUACUCCCCAAAGAAAGCGGAUUUACCAGUGGGAAGAUAUACAGAAUCACAGGGGAGCAGGUGGAAGCGUGCCGUCUCGUCCAGGCUCAAGCGCAUUGCUGCUUGCUUUCUAGCCACCACACCACGAUCCCCGGCGACACAAGCACAACGACAAACCACGAGACAUACAAAGGCAGGGUGCCUUUGUGAAACUACUGGUCACUCUCGCUUCGGGACCACCCAUCCUUUUGGAAGAGGGGAGACUGCCCUACAACAAUUCCAGGCGACGAGCACUCCCAAUUACCAGCUGUUUUUAAAGUUUUGGACUUUAAUCAAAAUCCAACAGCAGCCCCAGCAACCACCAGAGGAAGCCCUCACCUUCCGGAUCCUAAACCGAAACUUUGACAAGCAAGACUUGCAAAACCUUAUCGUCGGGGCCAAACAAGAUUAUCAGCAAGAGAUUGCGAACAUCCGGGCCGAGCUGGUCUCCAAACGCGAAAUGCUCGUCGCGCAAGUCGCAGAGUUGGACAACCAGAUUCGGAUGCGGAUAGCAGAAGCUAAGGAGACAUAUCGACUUGUCGAGGAGGAGAUGAAGCGCAAGAUUCGAGCCCUCGAAGAGGAGAACCUCAAGGAUCGUAACGUGAUGGCCCUGCGUAAACUCCCCAUCGAAAUCAUGGGCACCAUUUUCGCAGAGUGUGUCAAGAUUCUCGACAUGUCGCCCCGCGUCCUCGCCCUCGUCUGCAAGUUUUGGUACAAUGUCGCGAUCAAGACACCCACACUGUGGAAUAGACUCAUGAUCACGAACGAUCCCGAGGUCUAUUGGCUCACCCAUCGUGCCAAGGGUCGCAGACCGGCAGACCUGAAUGCUCCCGUGUUUGGGUCAGCUGCCCGUCCUAUGGGCUCUGGUACGCGGUCGCUGAGUGCCACGCAGAUAUGUACAGAUAUCAAUGAGCUCACAUCUGCUUUGAAGAGGGCGGGGAAUGCCAAACUCGAUGUGACGAUUGCAUUUGGGGAUAACAUGAUUAGCCCGACGCUUGGGCAAAAGUACAUGUACGAGCACCUCUUUACUGAGGACGUGUCGAAACGCAUUGCUCGCUUGGAGGUGGUGAAUGAAUUGGGCUAG